AUGGACAACAAAAUAAAGGAUCAUUCAGAGGGCGGUAUCGUCACUCCAGAAAACAGUACAGGAAGUUCAAGUGGCCGGGCUCCAGCCAGUAGAAGUAACAGCGGAAGCAGUUUAGGAAAUAGAGAUGAGAAAUUACGAAAACCAUCAGGGAGUCAACGUGGAGGGCGGAAGCAGGGGUUAACGAUACCAACAGAAGAACUAAGUGACCCUACUCAGACAGCAACUCAAGAUUCUACCCUGAAAUCUUCGAAAGGCCGGUCAACUCUCAACAGGAAACCUGGGAUUUUUUCCAACACCUCGAAAACUGAGAAGGAUAAGAUGGAACUCCUUACAGAUCUGUUGAACCAGUACAGUGUCCAAGGUAUACCACAACACCCAGGGUUGUUGACCUUUCACGAUUCAAGUGGAGAUACUUACAAACUAGAAAAUCACUGGAAAGAAAUCGUGGAGAACUGGCAGGAUCUGAGUGACAAAAUGAAGAAUCAACAGGAUGCUAUAUGGGAACUUCUUCAGACAGAAAUAUUCUUCAUCAAAAGACUAAAAGUCAUCACUGAUCUGUUCCUAACCUGUUUGUGUAACCUGCAGUGUGAAGGGAUACUCAAUGAAAUUGACACACACAAGCUGUUCUGUAACAUCCGGGACGUUUACACGGCAAACCAUCAGUUUUGGGUUGAUCAACUCCUUCCCAUGUUAAACAGCAGCAGGUCUACGAAGCAGCCUUUAAACCCGGUUCUCAUGAAAGAUGGAUUUCUAAAGUGUGACCAACUCUUCUGGCCAUAUAUCAAGUAUUGUACAGAACAUGACUGUUGUCUACAGUACGUGAAAGACAAGAACAAGGAAAAUGAGCUGUUUAAAGCCUAUGUUAUCUGGUGUGAGACCAGGAAGGAAUGUGAUCGGCUACAGCUUACCGAUCUCUUGGUCAAGCCGGUUCAGCGACUGACCAAAUACUCACUCCUUCUCAAGGCCAUACAGAAGAAAACUGAUGAUGAGGAGCAGAAAAAAGCCUUGGAAGAAAUGAAAGAAAGUGUCGAAUCUUUUGUUCUCAACGUUAAUUCAAGUAUAUCUCACCAUCAUGAAAAGAAACUACUAGCUUCAAUUCUUAGCCGGAUAGAGAGCUAUGACGUUAUCGAUAACAUCAAUGAAGAAGUGGAGAAGACAUUACGUGAGCAGAACUAUUUAAAUCUUGAUCUUACCCGGCCCAUGCCUGGAUGUGGUGACCAACAGACAAGACAACUGAUCAUUGAGAGUGGUGGGCUCAAGCUGCGGGACUCCUCAUCUAGCAAGGAAGAUUACCAGCAAGCUAAAAGCACUUCCAAACAGCAUUCAAGUCUUGAGUUUUUGUCAACUGAGUAUGAAGAAAAUGAAGUGUUCGGUACUCCUAUUCAACUGGGAACCUUGAAUGUACAUUCACCUCAUAGUUCUAGUCAGUCUAGCCUGGUUCCUUCUCGCAGUGGAUCUGUAGGCAUUUCCAGUGAUCCAGCUUCCACAGCCUCUGCUGGAGGGCUCUCAGUAUCCCCAAAUCAAAACAAAGCCACAAGUUUUGAACUUGGUGACCUAAGGAAUCCUAGCUUAGUUAGUAAUAAUAGCAAUGACAAACCUCGUGCACAUAGUUUCGAAACACGCUCGGGACCAGUUAGUGUCACAGUGACAUCACCACGCACCAACAGGAGAAACUUCUUUCUUAGAGGAGUGGAUCCUAGUGAACCAAUACCCAACACCUUGGCUGUAGACUCAGCUUAUCAGACGAAGGAGCAAGGUAGUGUUGAGAGAUACCAACUGCCACGAUCUAUUCAAGUCCCUAUUAUUCCACCACCAUCCAGCUCUAUAGCACCAGAUACUCGACUCAGGACCAAGUCCCCACCCUCUGGUGGAGAAAUACGGCCACAAAGUUUGGUUAUCAAGCCACCUCUAUUAAAAACCAGACAUGUAUCUGGACAAGUGAGUAUCACUGCACCUACAACUGAAGUGGAACCCACAGAAUGUGACCCAAGCAAAGAAAGUGGUCGCAGGCUCAACAUUAAGAGGUCGUCCCGAGAUGAAAGACGUUACCAUACGGCAGAUUCUGUAGAAAUGCUGAAAAAAGAGAGUAAACAAGACAACACAAUCCAUAAACGACUCUCCUGGAACAACUACGGCUCCAAAGAUAGCGUAAGCAGCUUUGGUUCAGGAAGGUUAAGGAAAGCAACUGCAGCUUCUAAGUGCCUCAGUUCUGAAUCCGUUUGUUCCAGUGGCGUGGAAAGUAGUACGUCUUCUUUCCUUAGUGCAGGGGAACAAGAACCCAUGACAGAAUCAAAACCUUGUGAUCAUCUGAUCUUGAUCAAUGGUGACAUUGGAACUUCAUCGACAGACCCUCAACCUGUGACACCAAAUUUUGAGCUUGAUGUAAGCGAGGUCAGAGACGGCAUUUCGUCUGUUCAGAUUAAACUGACUAGUGGACACAACCAACGCAACAAGGUUGAUCUUCGCAGAAUGAAGGAACUGAUCCUGAACAGUUACUCUGUUGAAGCCUCGGAAGUGUGACUACAGUGCUGAAUCAUGGAGUGGAAAUUGCACUUUAGUGAAGAAGACAGGAUAUUCAUGGUGCUUCAAUAGAAAUAAGUAAACUGGGAUCUAACCAGAUAGUUAACGAAUGAAGCAGCACAUUAUCGAGGAAAUAUCUUAAUUUUACCCAUCUAGAAUAAUGUACUAGCACCUUACCUAUUAAGUUAUAUAUAUGCAUUCCAUCACAUGGCAUUUGUUGCCAUGACAGCCUACAGGCAGCUGUGAUUUUCAUAUCAAGUAAAAACCAGGAUCAUUAUAUAGCUUGCAACGUGGUAGAAAUAUGGGAUGAACAUAUGUAUUUCUAGUGAUAAACAUUAAUGUUUUAGAUGUAAAUCUAAUUAGAAAGUAUGUAAUAGUUUUAAUGUUGUGACAUAUUUCUUCCUCCUCUAGUCUUAUUAAACCUUAUUCUGUGAAGAACCAACUUCUAAAUAAAAAGUAAUUAUUGUUGUAAACAGAAGCUAACUGAAUUUAGUACAUGAAAAACUUAAGUACAUUUUGUCACAACAAUGGCACUAGUCAUAAUAGUCCAACACUUGUGUGUAUACAGGCAUAAAUU